AUGGCUGAAAUAACAAAGAAAGUCUAUAAGGUGAACUCAAACGGACAUGUUGAAACCCAAAAUGGUGGUGCGAUUGAGGCCACCUGCAAACCUAAAAAUAAUUCAAAAACAACCAAAACGAAUAAUAAAGAAAUUAUAACUUCAGUGCCUUCUAAAUUUUUGAUUAAUCAAGUCACUGUUAUUGCACUUAAACUCGCACUUAAAGGAGCGUAUGACUCGUAUGGUAGAUUAAUUUAUCAGAAGAAACCACUCAUCGGUACAAACAUCGUUGAUUUGAUUCACUCAGUUGUGACUGAAGGAAACUCAUGUCCUGGACUUGCAGAAUUUUUACAAGUGCUGAAGAACUGCGGCUUAAAACCUUCAACUAUCGCCAAUAAAAGCAUAAGAAAAAAGAUUUCUCUAAAACCUUCAACAAAAGAUAAGCGAAAAGGCAGCAUAAUUAAACCAGUCGUGUUUCCAAACAUUAAUGCUAAUUAUGAAAGUGAUUCUGAAUCAUGUUUGAAUGAAAGGGAACCAUGUGAACAUUCAUCGGAAAUACAAACAAACUCACCACCUCCUGAAGCUGUUCAAGAACCCUUAACACCUCAUACAGAUCCACUUCCGCAGAUUCCAGUAAGGAGACUUUCAACAGGAGCUUUGCGCAAAAAGAAACAGAGAAAAGUUAAGAGACUACAGGAACGAAGUCCUUAUAACUUGAGAGAUAAUCCAGCAAGUUUCGCAUCUGCUGAUAAACUUUUUCAGGAGGCUAGAAAGAUUGAUGCAUCACUCAAGAAAGACGAAGUGAUAGAAUGGUUGAAAUCCCAACUAACGUAUACACUUCACAAACCUGUUAGAAGAAAUUUCUCUAGAAAUCGCAUCAUUGUUAGUUCUAUUGAUGAACAAUGGGAAGCUGAUCUUGUUGAAAUGCAGGAAUUCGCACAACAAAAUAAUGGUUACAGGUACAUAAUUACUAUCAUUGACUCUUUCAGUAAAUACGCAUGGGCGUUUCCAAUCAAGCAGAAAACAGCACUCGCUGUCACUAAAGUCUUUACUGAGCUAUUCAAAUUGAGAAAACCGGUUUCUCUCCGUACAGAUAAAGGGAAAGAAUUUGUUAAUUCAAAUUUGCAAAAAUUAUUGAAAGAUAAUAAUAUACGUUUCUACACUUCAAGCAAUAGAGAUAUAAAAUGUGCUAUAGUUGAAAGAUUCAAUAGGACAUUGAAAAGCAAAAUGUUCAAGUUUUUUACUGCAAAGGGUACUCGUAAAUUUACUGAUGUUCUACAAGCAUUGAUGAGUGGAUAUAACAAAAGUUAUCAUCGUACAAUCAAAAUGUCACCAAAUUCCGUCAAUGAAAAUAACUCUGAUAAUGUUUUCAGGAAUAUGUAUGGAGUAGACUCUUUGCGCGCUUUGGUUAGAAAAAAUAAACCAAGUCAAAAACUUAAAGAUGGCCAAGAAGUUAGAAUGAAAUACAAACUCAAACCAUUUGAUAAAGCCUUCUACCCUAAUUGGACCGAUCAAGUAUAUAAAAUAGAUAAUGUUGAUAAAAAUCAAGAAAAUGCUGUUUAUGAAAUAAAAGAUUGCGAUGGUAAUAAAAUAAAUGAUAAGAAAUUCUAUGACAAAGAAUUACAGGCAGUCAACGCUGAUUUACAUAGAGUUGAAAAAGUAAUCCGGAGGAGAAUAUAUAAAGGAAAGAUACAAUACCUCGUGAAAUGGUUAGGUUAUCCUGCUUCAUAUAACUCAUGGAUCAAUUUGGAAGACCUGAAGACAUUAACUUGA